ACCCCUGCGCUUCUUCUGUCUUCUCCUCCCUGCUAGCCGUGGAAGAGAAACCCUAGGUUUUGAAAGCUGAUCGGAAACAAUGGUGCAGCGUCUCACCUACCGCAAGCGCCACAGCUAUGCCACAAAAUCAAACCAGCACAGGGUCGUUAAGACCCCCGGUGGUAAGCUGGUUUACCAGAGCACGAAGAAGAGGGCCAGUGGACCCAAGUGUCCUGUCACUGGAAAGAGGAUUCAAGGGAUUCCACAUUUAAGGCCUACAGAAUACAAGAGAUCCAGGUUAUCCAGAAACCGGAGGACUGUGAACCGGGCAUACGGAGGUGUGUUGUCUGGAAGUGCUGUUAGAGAAAGAAUUAUUCGAGCUUUCUUGGUUGAAGAGCAAAAGAUUGUGAAAAAGGUCCUAAAGAUCCAAAAGGCAAAGGAUAAGCAGGCAUUGAAGAGCUGAGUUUAGGGAAGCGAUAAAUCUUUGAAAGAUUUUAGGUUUGGUGGUUACCGUAAAGCAUGAAAUUUAUUAUUAGAGCUGUUUCCAUGUUAAUUUGUGCUUGGCUUUGUUGAACUCAUUCUAGUGUUAACUUUGUCGACAACUCCAUUAUGAUACAAUUUUGGAUGUCACGAUUCUCUUGUUGGAUUAUCGAUUUUCUGUUAGUAUAUUUAAUAUUGCUCUUAAA